AUGAAGCCAGCUGUGGACGGAGCGAACUACAUCAUCAAACACAUGCGCAACAAGAAUGAAUACGAGAGACUCGGGAAGAAAGCCGACAGCAAGAGCCUCAGUUUGGCUCACUGUGAUCUGACGGCUACAGAGCUGCUGGAGCUUGGGGGAAUGGUGGCUACACUGCCCAGACUCUGUGUGCUGGACGUCUCUUGUAAUGCUCAGCUCACACAGGAAGUGGACACUGGUGGCUUCAGGGAAUUGGUCAGCUCUCUCUCUCACGCCACCUCCCUCACCACGCUUCGACUGCAGGCCUGCGGUCUAACGCCUGACAGCCUUGAUGCUCUCGGUGGUUCACUCCGUUGCCUCCCCUCUGUGGGAGAGCUGCACCUGUCCUGUAACAAACUUCUAGCUGGUGGACUGAGCCGCCUCACCUUUCACCUGGCUCACGUCACACACCUGGAGAGACUCGACCUCCACCUGUGUUGCCUCACGCGAGAUGAUCUAGAGGCUCUGAUCCAGGUGCUGCCCUCUCUCACUGCACUGACCGAGCUUGAUGUGUCAUCCAAUAAGGAAGUGGGAGGUGUGGUCCACCUGCUGGUCUCCGCCCUCCCUGUGACACAAAUGAGGCGGCUGCCAUUCAACAGCUGCUACAUGAGCAACAAGUCCUUCACUGCUCUGGCCCUGGCGGUGUCCUAUCUGCGCACGGUGGAUAUUUCCUGGUGUAAAGUGGUUGGCGGUCACUUGGCGCUCCUGCUGGAUGCUCUGCAGCCAUCAGUCGUCAGCGAGCUCCGUCUUUGCAGCUGCGAGCUCACCACUGAUGACAUGCAACAUCUGGCUGCCGUGUGCAGACGGGGCUGUCUCUCCUCACUCCGUGCACUGGAUCUGUCCUACAACAGCUUGGUGGGAGACAACGGUUGGUGCAGUCUGUUUGCAGCAGGAGGUCUGGGCUCUCUGGAAGACGUGGAUGUCAGUUUGCGACCUUCAACCUCUGCUCCGUGCUCAGCCUGGCUGCCCGCUCUGCUCCGAGCUCUGCCUCAAAUGCCGGCGCUGGCUCGACUGGCCAUGCAGAGGUGGACAGCUGACUGUCAGGAGAGAGAGCAGCUGAGGUACUGUCUGAAGAAGAGGAGCGUCCUGCUGGAAUGGGAUCCAGAUUUACAAGACACAUCAUCAGCAUGUAAAGGGAACAGUCAGGAGAGCCUAGAAGAGAGUCAGCCUGAGGAGUAGGGAGCAGAAAGCCUGAGUUAUCUGAUCUCAAAUUACAAAUCAUCACAGAGAGAUUUCAAAAGA